ACCAGAAGCACGCGCUGCGCUCCUCCUUGCAGACUUCCGCCGUGCUCGCGCUGUUGUUGAUGAUCCGGGUGGUGACAGUAUCAGAGCCGCACGCGCACAGAGCAAUCAGGAUAAACAGAUAUUUCUAAAGGACUUGCUGAAGGUGGAGGAGGUGGUGUAUGAGGUGGAGUCGGGGCAGGAUGUGAGGUCAUGGUUAACCUUAUCCGACUCGUCGUCCUGCACGUUGGGUGUGAUUGAGGAGCUCCGCCCCUCUCCACCCAACAGCCAAUCAGGAUGCUCGAGGUGAAGCACAUGAGUGCGGAGAAGAAGGAGGCGGCUGUGGGAACAGAUGAGGGCUGUACUGUGUGUGUCAGCAGUGCAGACCCUGUGUAUGUGUACGAGACACAGGACUGGAUGGUUUCUCCCGCCUGCUCUCCGGAUGAACACGGCUCCAUCUCUCCACUGCUGGCCGAGGAGACAUUUCGCUACAUGACUUUUCUUGCCCUGGAGCCCUCCUCCUCCUCUUCUCUCCCCCGCUCUCACACUUUCACCAAAGUUCUCACCUCGGACCGUGUGGAGCAGAUGACUAAGGCCUACAAUGACAUCGAAGUGGUCACACACCUGCUGGCUGAGCGGGAUCGGGAUCUGGAGCUGGCUGCUCGGAUUGGUCAGUCUCUGCUGAAGAGGAACCAUGUCCUUCAGGAGCGCAACGAAUCACUGGAGGAGCAGCUCACAGAGAUGCUGGAUCAGGUCCAGCAGCUGCAGCACGAGCUGAUGAAGAAGGAUGAACUUCUGCGAAUGGUGUCGAGUGCCAGUGAAGAGAGUGAGACGGACUCCAGCUCAUCUCCAUCACUCAGUAACGCUCCCUCUAAACACACACUAGCACACACACUGACACUCAGCACGCUGGAGGAACUGCAGUGCAAACUGCAGAAUCUCGAAGAGGAGAACCACAAACUACUGGUAGAGGCGAGUCACUUGAAGAAGGAGACCAUCACAUACGAGGAGAAAGAGCAGCAACUGGUCAGCGAUUGUGUGAAAGAGCUCCGUGAGUCAAACACUCAGAUGGUGAGCUUGACCGAAGAACUUUCCCAGAAGAAUGAGGAUCUUAUGAAACAGCAAGAGGAAAUCUCUCAGCUUCUGUCACAGAUAGUGGAGCUCCAGCAGCGCCUCAAACAGUUAGCGCUGGAGAAAGAAGAGCUGAGGAUUCAUCUGCAAGCCUCAAAGGAAGCUCAGCGACAGCUAACUGCUGAGCUAAACGAGCUGGCUGACAGGAAUGCGGAGUGUGUAGGGAUGCUGCACGAGUCUCAGGAAGAGCUCAAGGAGCUGCGCAGUAAGAACACUCCGUCUGCAGGCCUGCGCAGGCAUCUCUCACACAGCCUCUACCCCAUGGAGUGUCUGGCGGCUGAGAUAGAAGGCACUAUGCGAAGGGAAUUGAGUGUAGAAGAAGAGGUCACAUUUCAGGACCAGCGGUCGAGCAAUAAGCGUGUGUUUCAGACAGUGAGGUCAGCGAAUGUGUCAAUAAUGCGAGCCGCAGCAGGGACGCCUCCUAUUCCAGGAUCAGGGCACUGCAGCGUGGUGAUGACAUCACAGCCGUUUCACUCCAACACACACCCCACCCCUGAAGACACGCCGCAUGGAACAGACAACGCGUGUGUGGGCCGUCCCGGUUCUCCUGGAGGAAGCGACCUCGUCUCUGCGCUGCACCGCCUCACUCUGAGGAGGCAGAACUUUCUGUCUGAGCGUCAGUACUUUAAGGCAGAGCGGAACCGGAAGCUGCAGGAGGGCUCUGAUGGGGCGGAGUCAGAGGGUGGUGGGAGUGCCUGUAGCUCUCCAAUGGGAAGUGUCCGCUCAUCCUUCACCAACCUAUCAGAGUUCUCCGUGUCCUCCAGCUGCUUUAAGACGUUUUUGCCCGAGAAGCUACAGAUUGUAAAGCCCAUGGAAGGCUCUAUGACCCUGCACCACUGGCAGCAGCUGGCAAAGCCUCACUUGGCCUCCGUCCUUGACCUGCACCCAGGUGUGGUCACUAAGGGCUUUAGGCCCCUCCCACAAGAUGCUGUGUAUCACCUGAACGACCUGGAGGAGGACGAGGAGAACGACAGAGCGCCGUGGGCAGACAACACGAAGGGCCAAGAUAGAAGGAAGACCGGAGAGGAGGAUAAAGACGAAGGGAUAACCUUUGAUGUGCACUCAUCUUCCACUCCGGACGGAAGGAAAGAGAGAAGUGAUUUCACGCCAAUUAACACCCUGAAUCUUUCGCCAUCUAUACGAGCAUCUCCUGUUUCAUUGGCUGCGGCUGUGACCUUUGACACUUCAGUAAAAUCAGUGGCAGGGUCGAUGUCACUUCCUGUGUCCCAGCCAGAUGCAAAUGUUACUUCAACAGCUCCCUCUAUAGCAGUGAAUCCUGGGAAGUGUCAGAGCUCCACCUUCUCCACCUACACCUUUACCACCUGCCGCAUUCUGCACCCCAGUGAUGUCACACAGGUCACACCCAGCUGUGCCUCCACCCCGAGUUCCCUCCGUUCCGUUCCCUCCACCCCGGUCACCCCGUGCAGGUUGAGUCUGGGUGACUCGUUUCCUCCUCGCCGCACUACAGCGCCCCCUGCAGGUCUGGCUAAGCUUCUGCUGGAGAAAGGCAUCUCUGCCCAGAAAGUAUCUGCUCCCUCCAAACUUCCCCAGCCCCUGCAUCUGCCCGGCCCCUGCAGUACCCCUCCCAACUCCCCCUGCCCCUCCCCUGUACCCUUCGAGUCAACCGCCACAGUAUCUGACAACUUCUUGGCGUCACGGCCGGCUGAGCUCUUCCUGCAGGACGUCUACGGUGUGAAACCCGACCUCAUCGAGCGUCUGCGCAAGCUGGGAUUGGACAAAAACAUCAUACGGACGGACUCUGACGCGGCACACCAGUCGUCCACUUUGUUACCGACAGGAGGAGGAAGUUUAUUGGUAGGUUUGCGACGGAACCAAAGCCUGCCUGCCAUGGUUGGUCAGCGCAGCCCGUCCUACCCUGUUCCACACCCUCACCCCACCUCCCUCGCUUUGCCUAUACCUCCCUGGGGUAACUUGAAACCACGCCCUACUCGUAGACAUGCCUCUCUUUCACAAACUCCUCUUCCACAUGAGCAUUGAAGAGUUGUUUAGAGUUUUGGGCAGGUGGGUGAAAGUGUAUUUUGUGGGCGUGGCCAGGGGAGAUGGAAUAAUCACUGACCUUUCUUGACCUUUGUUUGCCUUCCUAUAAACUGACAGAUUAAAAGGCAUGAAGAAGAGACAGACGCUCUUCUGUUAUGGCUUUUUUUCUCAAAAAAAGCACAGUUGUGUAAAUAGAUUUUUUGGUGUAGUUUUAGGUAGCAGCAGGAAAUCAUUCAUGUCCUGAUUUGACCUAGGGCAACAAGGGUGGGGCUUAAGGGGUGGAGCUCAACAUGACCUCGAAACUUUGAAAAUUCUAGCUUUAUCAAAUAAUAUAGCAGAAUUUUUAAUAUUGUUAGUAAACUACAAUAUGUAAGCCUAACUUUAGGCUAGCAUCCUAGCAUACUCGGUUCCAUGUUUUAAUCCCGCAUUAAAUAUUUUGCUCAAUGGAAUUUGGUAAAUAGCUUACCUAACCUUAGCUAGCUUGCUAGCAAACAUGACUAGCUAUGUAUGAUUAUACAGUAUGGGUACCGUUGGAGUUCUAGUUAAAGCGAUAGUUAGCUAAUGCUAGGACAGUUCUGUGCUUAGCUUGCAGCCUAGAUUAGCAAAUUAGACUAGAUUGUGUAAAUAAAAUCAGUAUUGUAUGCUAAGCACUGCCCUUGUCGAUUCAGGAAUGAGGACUUGCAGGAACCACUUCUCAAAACGUUGCGUUAAACUUUUAUUUUCCCCUCAGAUAGAACCGCUCUCGCAGCGAAGCGUCUCAGACUUUAUCCUCAAGCGCCGUCAUGCCGUCUGUUCGUCCUCGAGGCUCUGCAAGGUGAGAAAGGUUAGAGCAUGUGGAUCAGGGGUAAACUGCAGGUAGGGGGGAGUGAUGAAAAUGUGUUACAGAAUGAAAAGCAGCUUUGCGAGCGGAUUUAUUCAAGUAUCGAUGGUUUGCGGUAAGUCGAACAGGAAGCUGAAGAAAGAUGGAUCGUGAAGGUGAAACGAAGGCGAUGAAAAUGUAGAUUAAGAGGAACAGGAGUAAGUGAGGGGACGUGCUUCUAGAGCCUCAGGAAAGACGGCAUCGCGACAUUAAGCAGUCUUUUAAUCCGUUGGCGAUUAGUUUCCGCACUUCGUCUACAAGGAACUCCUGACUGCCUGAUAGACAAAUCACAGUCUCUAGAGCACAUUUUAUAGCCGAAUUUUACAAUCUGUAUUCUAUCAGGGAUUUAAAGAUGCGUUUUCUUUGAAGAUUAUUUAGAUUUGACAUUUGAAUGAUGCCUGCCAAUGUAGCUCACCAAGCUCCGCCCCAUGAUCUAUGGCAGCCAAUCAGAGUCUAGUGUCUAUAAAAUCACUGAAGGAAACCGUAGUAAGCCACAAACUAGCAUUCUGGACCACCCGAUAGUGAGUCAAACUUAAUUUUUCCUGCUCUAAAUAUCAUCCAGGUUACUUUUUCAUGUGAAGGGAAAAAACUACUAUCGCACUAUAUUUUAAAACCGCUUGAAGAAACUAUUAUUAGGGACUUUAUGGUCAGGGAGCAAGAUGAGAGAUGGGAACAUGCUUGUUUUAUAUUUGUAUUGUGUUUAUUCUUAUUAAGGGAAUGUGUAUGAAUUUGCUUUACAUUUGCUUCAUGUAUACACACACAUACAGUACACACACACACACAAGCGCAUGCACAGAGUUCAAUAGUGAGCUUGGGUUUCUGUCUGCCUGGAGGUUUUUGCAUCUUCUCCGAAUGUCAGUAUGGGUUUUCUCUGGGGUUUAAAGUUUCCUUCUAAAAACUUGCCAGUAUAUGGACUGGCUUCUCUAAAUCGCACCUAGGUGUACAGGAGUGUGUGAAAGUGUGUGUGCAUGGUGGCUUGAAAUGGACUGGAGUCCUAUCUACGUUGUAAUAAGCUCUGUGUAAUAAAUACCACAACCCUAACCAGGUCAUUAACACACAUCGUCUAUUAGUACUACUUCAGUAACAUGUGUUCUGAUUGGCUAAGAGCAGUAACACAUAACACAUAACACACACACACACACACACACAUCGAUAUCAGUAUAAACUAAACCAUAUAGUAUUUUCUUGUGACUCUUCCGGACUCCAUCCAUGGUGACCAUCCACCUUGUCCGCUUUCUCCACUCAGUGAAUUUUUUUAUUUUACCCACUGAUAUUUAUUAUUAACCGACAACGUAGCGUCCACAAGCUAGAGAUAUAAACACAAGCUAGUGGCAUGAAGGAAUUUUAUUAAGCACUUUUAUUAAGUGGAGGUAUAUCAUGAUAUAUGUUUAUUUUGGUGAGUUUGAGAAAGGAAUCGCUUUUAAAACUCGUUUUCUUUUAUCCUUUCUUUUUUUUUUGUCCUGGUCCAAACCAAAAGAAUGAUUUGACCAGCGUUUUUGCCGGCUGGGCUUUAUUACUGUUAGUACUGUUAUCUUUUUUGUAAACUAAACUCGUAUGUUCGACUGUUGUUGCAAAGUCUUGCUUUUUUGUGCCAUUUUGUAAUUGCUAUUGGAUAAUACACUGAAAAGUGGGCGGGGCUUGUAACAUCGCCAAGGCUUUCGAUAUUUAUCAAAUGAAUUGCUGAAUGAAUUUAUUGCCAUGUGAUACGUGCGCUGUACAGGAUUUACACAAUGUAGGAAUGUUGCAAAAGGAAGCAGAGCAUGUGAUUUGGAUUUGACUUGCUCUCCCGUCAGUGUUUGUAACAGUAUUUAAAUUAAUUGAUGAACAAUUUAAAAAAUACAUUGUCGAUUUAUAUACCGGAUUUAGUCUGGAACUGAAGCUACGAGGACUUUUAUUCACAAUUAUACAUAAACAAUUUAACAACAAUUUAAUUUAAAACACUAUUUUGAUAAAUAGUACAGACAGAAUGAUUUGGAACGAACAUAAUUAUCCUUAAACUAUGUUAUACUAUUAUCUAUCGUCACAACUUUGGACUUUCAGUCAAUAUUAUUCUGCUCGUCCAAAAUGGCCACCGAGUCGUAAGAUAUUUUAUAGACAUGCAGCAAGUCCGACUUUGUUACAGAAAGACUCAUUUUGUAGCUCCAGUCCAGAACUAAACCGUUUUUGGACACCGACCGUGUCUUAUUUGUCACCAAACAUGUCUUAGCCGCACAGCUAAUCUCCACAUCCUCACGUUUUUUCUCACCUCAGGGUGAGCGAGAUGUGUUUGUGAUGAUGAUGAUGAUGAUGUGUUUAUAAUUCAUUUGAUGAGCACAGAGAUAUGACUGUCUAAAACCUAAUCGAUUCUGUUUUUGUUUCGAUUUUUUUUUAAAUAAAGCAAGAAAAGUA